AGCAGCAGGGCGAGAACGGCAACAAGGGGAAGGACGCGAACCACAGCGUCUUUUUUGUUUCCCACCGCGCACUCUUCUUCCUAAGCACUGGGCAAAUUAUUGGCGCGGAAUGAAAACAUAAUCCGAACCACAGCGCGGGUGAGAUAGGAGAAGGGGAACGAGAGAAAAGCGCUGACAACGGGCAGCGAGGAGCGGGAAGAGUCCGAGGUCCCACACUACCCCUGGAGGACAACGCUGCGCUGUUCUACCGACCCGCGUGCGCCAUCUGUGCACUAAAGAAUCCGCGCCGCACUUGAAACGUCUGCGCUGUACUUGCGAGUGGGCCGUGGGCUGUCCUUGCGAUUGGACAGCCUCCGACGGACUUGCAGAGAGAGAGAGAGAGACAAAGCUGAGUGCAAAGCACAUGAGCACAAAUGCCGUGGCCUUACAAUGCGUCGCAAUACCGCUUCACGGUUGCGCGCCAGGCUGCGGCAGAAAUUACGCUAUCUUGCCAGAGCAGCGGCAGGGCCUCCUCACCCCCCGCGGCCCGACGGACUUGCAAGAGGCCCCAAAGCCGUUCGAAGACGGCACCAUGUUCUCUCGGAACCCCCUCAGAUGCCUAAGAUGGUCAAGGGAGACGCCAUACGUCGCGUCGUCAAGCUCAGCCCCAAGCAUCAUGACAGUUCCCAGACGCUGGGCCAGGAGCGAAUCCCGCUCUGCCCACGCGGGCAAGCAGCCCGUGCCGUAGUGGCGUUGUUCGGAUGUAUGGAUGUGUUGUGGAACUGCGUCUAUACACCUACUGCGCUCAUGGCCUCCACAGCACCGUCGCUCUCGCCAAGGCUCCACCGCGAGGCUCCGCCCCAGCAAAGAAAGGUGACGUGCUGCCCGAAUCGCAAACCACUUCCCUGUCAUAGGAGAUGCUCAAUUCCCUGUCACAUGGGGGGCCC